AUGGGUGUUUGCACAGGUCUACCCACCAACAUGCAGAGAGCAGAGGCGUCCAGCAGUAGAAGGUGGCGGUCGUCCGCAGCGGACACCAUACGUCAGCUGGAGCAAAUCUGGCCCACCCUGACGUGGCCAGCUAAGCGUCUGCCCGUACUGGACGUGGAGUGCGGACCCGGAGACAUCGUGGCCAAGUUCUUGGCGCCGCGGGUCCCUGAAGGCACGAAGAUAAUCGCUUGCGAUGCGCGUCCGGAAGAGUUGGAACACGCUAAAGGGCGCAACUCUAUGCCCGACGUGAUCAUACACGAUUUGUUUGACGUGAGUGGGAAGGACUUGCAGAACACUUCCGUCUGGAAGCAAGGGCCCUACUGCAAAGUGUUCAGCCUGAUGCAGCAGCUCUGGUUGCCAGAGAACAGACGAGCCAUACAGAAUAUCCACAAGCUGUUGGCACCAGGAGGUGAGGCCAUCUUCACUGUGCCACCAAAGUUUUCCCUAUGGGAUGGGUUUGAAGACACGAUAGACGAUCCAGAAUGGAGGCAGCACAUGCAGGACGUGCAGAGAUCAUUGUCCCCGUAUGGCGACUAUGAAGAUCCCGUCAGUGAGCUGAAGAAACUGCUGAUUGCGGAAGGUUUCCAGAUUUCGCACUGCGCGCCUGGAGCCAUGGAAGUCGAUUUGGGAUCUCGAAAGGAGUUCAGAGAAUUACUCAUCUCCCUGAACGCGUUACUGAACAGCAUAUUAGAAGACAUUACUAACGACACGUAUCAUUGCACGUGUGAACCGAAUGGAACAGGAGAGGAACAGGAUGGUUAUUCUGGAGAGUCUGAAACAAUUUUGCCUUGUUCGUGUAUGAUAGUAGUGGGCAAGAAGUUGUAA